AUGUUUCGGGCUGCGUGUGCGCCUACGACGUCCGGGCGGCGCAGAAUACGGAGUGGUCAACCGCGUGGCACACACUCACUGAGACUGAAGACUGGUCGCUACUCGGAUGCGGCCAACCGCGACCGCGCCGCGAGAAGUGGUAGACUACCGACCACUCCAACCUGUCAGAGAACCAGUAAGAUUUACAUCCACGACAGUGUCCCACAUAAAAUGGUUGCAAUUUCAAUAUACACAGUCGGAUGCACUUACUACUCCGACGCCGACAUAGACCCAAAU